AUGAAUAUUUUAAAAUAUUUAUUAUUUAUUUUAAUUAUUGUAUUUGUAAAUGGAAAUAAAGUAGAAUGGUUAUCAAAUGCACCAACCAAUUAUUUCCAAGAUCCUCAAAAUUGGGAUUCCUCUAUCACUCCCACAUCGACCGAUGAUGUAGUUGUCGGAUUCAAUAAUAGUUUUAUUAUGGUCCAAAACAGCCAAACUGUACAAUCAUUCCAGUUUCUAAACACCACUGGAAACAAUACAAUGGAAAUUGGAAAUAGUGGAGCAUUAUCUAUUUCAAAUACUCUGACCAUUCAAAAUGGUAAACUCUCCAUUGCCUCCUCCACUCCAUCCUCCAUUCCUUCAUUGACAUGUUCUCAAAACUCUCUACUCCUCAAAAGUAAAGUGGAUCUAUUAUCAUUUGCAUCUGCAUCUUUUAAUUAUAUAAAUGUUACAGAUAGUAUUAUUAAUCUAAAUUCAAAUGGAAGUCAAACAUUAAAAUCAAAUGCAACCUAUAUUUUAAGAUCAAAAGUGAAUCAACAAGAUUCAUGUAAUAGUAGAUUAACAAAUGUUAUAUCAUUUACUGGGUCAGAUAUAAACUCUAAUAAUUCAAAAUUAUUUAUUGAUAAUACAGAAUUUGUAAAUCAACAUUUUGGAGUUCGUACAACCAAUAUUACAUUAUCUUCAACUAUAUUAAAUUCAAAUAAUAAUUAUAUUUAUGGAAAUUCAAAUUUAACAUUAAAAUCAAAAUCAAAAUUAAAUGCAAAUAAUGUAACAUUUGUAUCAGAUUCUGCAUUAUUGGUUGAUGAUUCUACAUUGACAUUUAAUGGAACCUUUUAUAGUAUUAGUUCAAGACCAAUGGCUUUUAGAAAUGGAGCCAUCAUUCAAUCACAAUCGCCAUCCAAAGUUAUUUUCGGAUUCAGUAGUCGUACCUUUUUUGAAAAUACCAUGUUUGAUAUCAAUGGAGAGAUCAUUGCUCAGGAUAGUGCCAUCUUGUAUUUCUCACAAGUCAACAAACUCAAACGUCCAAUGUACAUUACACUCCGAGACAACGCUAAAAUAGUCAUUGUCAAUUCCUCUCCAGCCCUAAACUCGGUCCUUGAUAUUCUCAAACAAAUUGUUGCAAUGCUUGGAGAAACUCAUUUGGAAGCUUCAGAGAAUCAACAACAAGAGGAACAUACAACUACUACUACAUCAUUACCAGCCAAUUCAAUUCAACCAACAGAUCCAGAUGUUUUUACUCAAAUUGAUCUACACGAUAAUUCAAGAUUAGAGUUGGAAGAUGCUCAUCUUGAUGGUGUUAUUAUCAACACGAACCGUUUGUCACAGGUAGUCAUUAAAAACAAUGUAGUGUUGAGCAACUCGCAAGUCAACACGGUUGACUCUGUCAUGGUCAUCAACACGGACGUCCUACUCAACAACACUGCCCUCUCACUCGACAAUGCAACCGUGCUCGUCACUGCUGGCGGUAGUUUGGGCGGUACUGGGCAGAUCAUUGGAGGUGUGUUGGUCAAUGCAACCGGCCAAUUGGGUUCAAACGAUGUCAUCACACGUCUAUCCAUUUCAAAAAGUGUGACUGGUGGUAAAGACGAUUCACAUCUCGCCAUUCGAAUCAACUCGCCAACCGAUUACUCGCAGAUCAAUAUAUCAAUGGAUUAUGACUUUUAUGGAACUGUCCAAGUAUACCUUUCACCAGAGGCAGCUAUCAAGACUGGAUACACAUACACUUUGGUCAAUUACCUAGGUGGCAAGAUUGUGUUUUCUCCCGACUCGAUGGGAGUCACCCAAUACACCCUCUUGGAUGGUGGAAGAACCGUUCCCAAACUACCAUCAAACCGUAUCUCUGAUCAGAAUAUCAUGAUCAUCUCGGUGGUUGUUAGCAUUGCCUUUAUUGGGAUAAUUGCAGGUGGUCUCGUCUACCUUCGUCGUCGUCGUGAAAUCAAUAACAACAAAAAGGCAGACGAGGAAAAAGAAAAAGAAAAAGAUUUCGAAUCCAAACCAACUAUGAACCAACUUCGUACAAGUAACAGUCAUGUUAAUAUCAAAUUAUCUCAAUUUAAUUGA